AUGGAAAGAGCCACAAUGCAGGAUGAUGAAAGAGAACUUGAACGGGGAGAUGAAGACGAAGAUCACACAGAACUCGAACAAGAAAUUUCAGUUCAAGACACAACACUAACAGAAUCACAAACUCACAAUACAAGCCAACCACCACAAACCCAACAAACCAAACAAACCAACCCAUCUCGCCCACCCGUCAUCCAAAUCCAAACAAAACCAAAUGAAACCGACACAUCAAAUGCCACAGACGUGCAUGAAGCUAACAUCCCGGAUACUGUGGAUGAGCAACUACAUGAGCCACUUGUAAUCGGCGAGAACGGAUCGAGCAAGCAAACAUCAACGGCUGGAAGUCCCGUUUCAACGUCUAGUGAGUCGUUUGUCACUCUGCCGUGUCCGAGUUUUGAUGAUGGGGAGGAGGAUGGAGGUGAGGAGACGGCUGAGUUGGAGUCGAAUAGAAUCGAUGAUGGUUUGUUGUUGGACGUGCUCAACGAGCAGAUGACUCCUCGACAGGAGGACGAGUUUGUGAUGGUUGCGAGUUCGUUGGUGAGAGAUGAAGUGCGUAUGGCGAGAGAUGAGGAAAGGAGGGAGAAUGAAGAAAGUGAAGACAACUGGCUGUCAUGCGACUGAGAACACAUUACAAGAUGUUGUGAAGAUCUGUGCUGCUUUAUUCAAAGAGAUUCAAUAGAAUGCUUUACGGGAGAGAAUUUUUGAGUAAUUAACAUAGCCACACAUAGACACACCUUUUGUGAGACAAUUAUAGUAAUUGUUAU